GCGGUGCUCGCCGGGAGCCCGGAAGCGGCGUGAGUGCCGGUGGGCCGCGGGCUGCUGCGGGCCGGGGGCCGCUCCCGGGGGGCCGAGGCGGGCGCGGGGCUGCGGCCAUGCUGCUCUUCUGCCCGAGCUGCGGGAACGGACUCAUCGUGGAGGAGGGCCAGCGCUGCCACCGCUUUGCCUGCAACACCUGCCCCUACGUGCACAAUAUCACCCGUAAGGUAACCAAUCGGAAGUACCCAAAGCUGAAGGAAGUGGAUGAUGUCCUUGGGGGUGCUGCCGCUUGGGAGAACGUGGACUCGACUGCAGAACCUUGUCCAAAAUGUGAACACCCUCGAGCCUAUUUCAUGCAACUUCAGACGCGAUCUGCGGACGAGCCUAUGACCACCUUCUACAAGUGCUGCAAUGCUCAGUGUGGGCAUCGCUGGAGGGACUAGGAAGGACUGUGCAUGCAGUUUGUAGCUGUGUCUUUGGGCUCUUUGUCUGGAGGGGCCCUUUCAGUGAGGUCUGCCAGGUCCUCAGGAAGUGCAGCGCAUCUGCCAGUCAGCACAGACACUCCUUGCCGUCCAGGAACAUCUGUGUUCUAAUGAGAGCACCUCAGCUAAGGACACUGGUGCGCCCUGGUCUCCACUUUUAUGUUUAUUGGGCAAGUGACAUUCUUUUAUUAUUAAUCAUCAUUCUUACUGUAUUUCAGCUGUUUGCAUCACUAAUAGAAUAACUUUGCUUGGUGCAUUAGUUUCCCUAAAUGUUCUGUUAAUUGCAACUUAGUUUGUCAAAAUUUAUUUGGAAUUUUAAAUUAGUAGGAAAUGCCUUGGGGCUGGAAUGAUGGUAUGGCAGGUAGGGUGUUUGCUUUGCACACAGCCAACCUGGGUUUGAUAUCUUUCACCCCAUAGGAUCCUCUAAGCCCACCAGGAGUGAUCCCUGAGCACAGAUCCAGUAGGAAGCGAAUGAGCCCUAAGCACUGCCAGGUGUGGCUCAGGAAAAAAAACAAAGGAAAAAUUUAGAGGCUGAUGAAGUUCUCUGAUACAACACAUGUCCCCUUUCCCUUGCACCAGAAAU